GUCAGUGUUGUCUUAUUGGUGCCACUAUCACCGAGGGCGGAGCUAGGUCUUAUGUUAUCCAACGACGUUGAGCAGUUGCAGCUCGUCGAAUUUACGAUCAAAUAAAGAAAUAACGUAAGAGGAAAACAGAAGGCAGCCCAGAUGACGGCGUGGGCGAUCGUGGCCCACAGCCCCAGAUUUACCAGGGUAGAUCUGCCGUUCUGAACUCCGUCAAAGUGAAAGCUACAAAGAACGCACGACGGCGGCGGAAGCACAAGAGGAAGGACCCAUGGCCCGAUUUCACCUCCUCCACUUCCAGACUCUUCCCGAUCGUUACCGACUGCAACCUUCGCCGCUAACCUCUUCGACCUCAUCUACAACAGACGACAAGGGCUGUGCCAAUCAAACCGUCGCCAGUGGCUCCGCCGCACUCACCGCUCUCUCCUGCGCCCUCACCUCCCAAGCCGUCUCCUCCAAGUUCUACCACACCACCGCCUCCUCCGCUGACGGUGGGCCGUCCUUCCUCGGUCUAUUCAAGUGCCACGGUGACCUCUCUGCCUCCGAUUGUUUCUCCCCGGCUGCUACGCCCUUUACCAUGUAUACCGUAUCCAGCUUCCCCCACGACCCCGUCACCCAAUUGCUCUACAAAACCAUCGGAUCCAGGAGCAGUGCAAGUGGCGGCAGCAACUUGGAGGCCAGGCCUUCGACCAGCUCUAGGGCGGCGUGGCGGGCAGGGGUUCUACGCCACCAGCUACGUAUCCGUCUACACUCUGGUACAGUGCGAGGGCAACCUUUCCGCCAGUGACUGCAGGCGGUGGAGCUGCCUCCAGCCAGGUCAAACAGGGAAAAGACAGUGACCAUAGUGGUAAGAGCAACUGCAGCUGCAGGCUUCUUGAUUAUCUGCUUCUUGUUCACCAGGAGUGUCAUGAAAAAGAUGAUGAUUGAGCCUAACAGGUAAUAAAUGUAAAGCCAUUUCUUGCUCAUUUUUUUUUAGUAUAAUUGCUCUGU